AUGAUAUAUUCUCUUAUUAGGAUAUUUUUGGGGUUAAUUUUCCCAAUUAGUACUGUUGGUAGUUCUUUGGUUGUUGUUUCACAACUAAAACAAGAAUUGGUCGAUAAACGUUCGUCAGUAUAUGAUAUCAUGCUACAAAACCAUAAUAUUGAUUCGAUCCUUUCCUUGGAUUUCAAUCAACGAUGUGAUCUUUACUUCAAGACUUUAUAUUCAAUAGAUCCAAAUUAUUCCUUUGAUGCAAAUGAUGAUUUCGCUCCCCAGUUCAAUUCUCCUGAUUUUGCCCGGUUUAAAAGAGAAAUGGGGGCCAACAAAAAUGAGGAUACAAUCAGAAGAGAAUAUAAAAAAGCAAACUUUGUGAGACAUCAACCAAAAAUUAGAGACACUAUUUCAAUUUUACGAGUAUUUAAUAAAUGUUACAUAGGACCAAAAGACCAACAUUUCCAAAAUCAAAAACCCUUGACUGAAAACAAUGAGGCAUUGUUGAAGGACAACAGCAUUGAUCUUUUUAAAGGAUCUCACACGUUCGAGAAAAGAAUAUAUCCUUGGUUAUCAGGAGAAGCGCCAAUAUAUGAAGAUUGGACGGGGAAAACUUAUUUCGAUGUACCAGGAGCACCUGAGCCCAUUCUGUUGAACCCAUACUGGUUCAAUAGAUUCCAAGAGAAGUUCAAUGGUAGAGGUAUUGUAUUAACAAUAGGUGAAAAACAUAUUGAGAAUACCGAAAGAUUAAUCCGGGUAUUACGAGCAUUAAAGAAUAAAUACCCCAUUCAAAUAUUAGUCGAUGAAGAUUUUUCACUUGAAUCAAAACAGAGAAUCCUUGCUGCUGCCCGUGAUGAUUUUACCCAAUUGCCAUUCUCAUAUAAUAAAGUUGCCAGUAUUCUUGGAAACAACUAUUGGACGCCAGGUGAAGGUUUACCGCGUCAGGAUAUUUGGUUUGUUAAUAUUAAAAAUUCAAUUGUACCAGCUUAUUGGCCACGAUUCAACGGAUUCACAAAGAAACUUUUGGCAAAUAUUUUCAAUUCAUUUGAAGAAUUUAUGUUAAUUGAUUGUGACAGUGUAAUCCUUGAAAGUCCCGAAUUUUUCUUCAAAAUCAAAGAAUAUCAAGAUACUGGAGCGUAUUUCUUCAAGGAUAGAAGUCUGGAAUUCCGUGGCAAAGAUUCAAUAAACUUUUUCAAAUCUUUGGGACCAAGCAUUAUUGAUAACUUAAUGUUUGAUAUCCCCAUGAUGACAAGUCAUACUUUGAAUCGAGAAUUUUUUAAAGGGUUGGGUCAUUAUAUGGAAUCAGGAUUAGUAUUAUUCAAUAAGAAACAACAUUUCAGGUCCUUACUUAUGAUGUUGCAAUUAAGUUUCUUUGAACCUGUGAAUCGGGAAGUUUAUGGAGAAAAAGAGUAUUAUUGGUUAGGUAUGGCGUUCGAUGGGGAUGAAUCAUAUGAAUUUGAACCAAAUUUUGCAGCUGCAAUUGGUAAUUUCUCAAAGGAGGACGAACCCACCAAGGAAAUUUGUUCUUCUCAUCCUGCCCAUUUAAGUGCCCACGAUGGACAUUUGCUAUGGAUAAAUUCUGGAUUCAGAUUUUGUGAACGUGCUAAAAUGGUAGAUUAUAACAAGGAAGCAAGCAUUGGUGCUAGGUUUUCAAAUGAUCCCGUAGAGCUUCGACUGAUCUUUGAAUCACUACUUCGACCAAGUCAUGGUAUAAUUCCACCAAUACCACCAACCUUCACUUACAUGAGAAACCGUGAUAAUCAACCAAGUAGAGGAUGGGUUCCAGAUCGUAGAUAUUGUAGAUCCAAGCUAUAUUGCGCAUAUUCACGAAUUGGUGGUGAUGAUAACCCAGAGUUUGGACAGAUAAUAACAUUCAACGAUACGGCAAAGGAUAUAAUGGCAUAUUAUGGGGAUGUUUGGUUGAGUUUAUAGAUAUAGAUAUUUUUCACUGCGGCUUAGCCUUGACUCUCUCGAACAGAGUCAUUUUGAAAUUUCGCGAUAAUAAAUUGUGUUCCAUCAUCUUCACACC